AGCUGCCUACUGUGCCCUCGCCCAAUCACACACAAACUCAAAUGGGGGGAGGCAGUGAGGGGGGGCUCCUUUGAGAAGCUUUAAGAAAACAGCAGAUCUGAAGAAAGAAGAAGCAGGAGACCAGAGAGAGCCACCAGAGGCCCCUGGCACACUGAUGAUGAACAUCCAGUCCAACAUCAGCAGGGAAAUCUUUGCCCCACAAGACGAGAAGUUACUGGUAGCUAUUGAGGUGAAGAAGAGGAGGAAAAGGAGGCUGCCCUUCCUCACAGCUGGAAGGAAGAGAGACUAUGUGACCUUCCUUUGCCUGUCAGUUACGAAUAAGCGACCUUCUCAGGUCUUCAUCACGAAGGUGAAGCAGUAUCCUGGCUCUCCACGUUUUACCAAACGGUCCCAGUGGUCUGUAGAGCAGCUCCGCCAGGUCGAUGGCAUCAACCCCAACAAGGACACUCCAGAGUUUGAUCUGGGGUUCGACCACAACCUUGACCAGUGGGUAGCCGGCUCGUCUGCAGAGAAGUGCAUGUUUGUGCAGAUUCUCUAUCAUGCCUGCCAGAACUACUGGGGUGGAAAGCUCGGGCUUGGGGCUGCUGGAAGUCAGAAGGGCCCAGGGGCCUCAGGGGAACAGCCAGAUCCUGCAGGAGCUGUGGAAAAGAAAAAAGCCCCAAACGCUCCACGGCCAACAGAGUUCGUCAACUGCCAGUCCAAACUAAUGGGUGAUGCCUGCUCUGUCAACAUGGUCAUCUACCGCUGUAAGAUUUUCCUGAACCGCAUGAAGAACACAAUGAUUGCAAGCCCUAGCCAGCUUGAAAUUGCUGGCCUGAAAGCCCCCGCCACCAAAGCUGCCGCCACCAAAGCCGCCACCUCCAAAGCCGCCACCUCCAAAGCAGCCGCCUCCAAAGCUUCCACCACUAAAGCCUCCACUGCUAAAGCCUCCACUGCUAAGGCCCCCUCUACUAAAUUCUUCAAGCCUGUCUCCUCUCCUCCAGCCCAGAGGAGUGUGGGUAGUGUAGUUCGCAGGGCCAGUCAUGUGCUGUCUGACCGCGACUUCAGGGUUGCAAGACAAAUGGCAAAACAAAGAAGUUUGCCUUAAAUGGAUCAGAUGCCCUGUCCAGUGCACCUCUAAUCUCCUUGUUUAAUGAUCCCUAUGCCAUUUGUGUGGCUUUACCUUCUUUUUUUUGGUGCAUGAAGGAUCUAACACCCUUCCCUCUACAGAACUGAGCUGGAUUGGACUGGACUAAUGCAAUGCUUCUGUCUCUGAAUGUCUCUUCACUUCUCCAGGUCCAGUUUCCCGAAAGCUUUUUAGUAUUAAGAUCAUCUUAACUACUUGAGAGAGAGUUUCAUGUGAGGCUCACUCUGAGGCUUAUGGGAAUUCCAACCCUGGAAGGUGUCUGUGUGUGUUGGCCUGUGAAGCACUAGGGGUCAGCAUUGCUUCACAAAGGAAGGUUUGCUUUUUUUUUUGCCUGUAGGAAAGUAGAAGCUAUUUUUGUAUAAUAUGUAGCUGAAUAAUGAAAUGGUUUAAAUGGUGUCACUGGGCAUGCUCUUGGUGAGACUUGUGUAAUAUGUGCUGCUUAAGUGUUAUGUCCAGACAUGGUUUAAAUGUUCUGCUGGUAUUUCUUACCGAGGAUGACCUGUUUGGGCUUAUUUGUCUUAUUUUAUUAGUAUAUCAGCACUGCUGAAUACUGAAUAUGCACCUUCAAAUUAAUGUAUAAUUGUAUUGCUGUAGUUCCGCAACUGUGUAGCAAAAUUAAACAAGUCCAGUUCGUGCAUUGAGGAGAGGUAAAAAGAUUGAUAUUUAGUGUAAAAAGUCAGAUUGUUACAAAAUAAGAAAAUACUAAACACAAGUUGCUUUAAAAUAUGAAUUCACUAAGAAAUAAAACAUCAGAACAAAGUGAAAAAAAUAUAA